CUGAGCUCUAUCAGUCACUGUUUAGUUCAUCCAUUGAAAUUGCACUCAAACUUGGUAAACGAAAGAGUUGAAAAGUUAACGUGUUUGCACUCACGAAUUGACGGUGAUAAUUCAACAUCUAUCAAAGGAUACCGUGCAACAACUCGCUUCUUGAAGAACAUGCCUAAUUGUUGACGAAGACAGAAUGCACAGUUUCGUUAAGAACCAUUUUAAAUUGAUGGAUAUAUUUUGGACAUUUCUUCCCCUGGUAGCUCUGUCAGACCCAUCCUUCGCCGUUUUGAUCGAAAUGGAACGAUUACCCAGCUUACCUACGGACGAUUUUCUUUUGCCAGACUCCUUAUGUCCCUCUUUUCGUCCAUCAUGCAGCCUGUUCAAAGCCCACCCGCUGGGAGGUUGCUGGUGCAGUUGCCCAAACACCUUUUCAUUUUACGAAGAAGACUUCCAAUGCGAGCAAAAUUCUGAAGCUCGACGAAAUGCAGGUAUGUUUUGUGAUUUAAGGCUGUUUUAAUGCAAUGAUGUUCUUAAACAGUACUCUGUCGCUGGUUUGUUUUCAUUAUAUUUAUUUCAAGUUGAUUAUUUAGAGUCCAUUUUAAUCCUGUCAUGAUCCUUAGCCUUCUGUAUUCCUUCUUAGUUGCCUUUUUGGGCUUUUUGGUCCCACAGAUCGAACAUCUUGUCAUCUCCACGGCGUAAAAAUAAGCUUCAGAAAAUUGCAAAGAGAAAAUGACGCAAAAGUUUAAGGAGUGGCUUCAAAAAAAAAAAAAAAAUAUAUAUAUAUAUAUAUAUCGACCAAUUUCAGAAAUAACACACAAGCUACACCCAAACGUAAAAAAACCUAACUGUGAUUUUUCCUUUUUUCAAAUUAUUCAUUCCUUGACGCGGGAAAUUUGACAGAUUUUGUCCCUAAGUUGUUUUGAUCUACAUAUCUUUUAAAUUAGGAUUGUUUAUAAAUGAAUAAAGGGGUAAAGUAAUAACAAGUUCGGAAACAAAAAAGUUAAUAUCGCCUAAGUGAUAACAAUGAUCACGUAACAUAUAUUUUGAAGCGUUAAUAUAUUGUACGUGAUGCUGACUUGUAUUGGCUUUUGGAGUGGAACUCCACCGUUAUGUCUUCAGUUCCAUUAACCCCUUAGCUGCCAUGAGGGAUCAAGACAGAAUUACUCCUUGUAACAUGAAUACAACAACAUGCAGAUAAGGAAUGAGAAUAUAGAAAAUAUCAGUUAGGGGAUUAUUAGUUGAUCCAGUACUAAUUUCUCCAAAUCAACGCCAUUGAAAUUUGUGUGGCGGACAGUGGGGAGAAUCGAUAAUGAGAUCUUGGCAGUGAAAAGUUAACAGUUUCCGAAUCCUUUGUUAGAGCAGUAUUUUUUUCCUCAUCCAUACAUUUCCCUACAGUCACCUUCCACAGCCAUUUAUCUGUUUGUCCGUCACGUUUCCGCUCCUUUGCUUUAACUAGAUGUAUAAUAUUAGUUUAGAUGGCUUUAUUUUUUCCUUUUUAUGGCAUGAUUAUCAUCAUAAUAGAAUGCGUUCAGGAGGCGCUAUUGCCUGAUUACUACCUCAAACCGGAUGCUUUUCAACGACCUCUUUAUCAAUGAUGAUCCAAACCAAUAUGUCAUGUCAACGAAGAACUUUGGGUAUGAGUUGGAUGAAAUGGGAUUCAAAUCUGCAUCAUGACUUAAAACGCUAUUUGUUAUUGUUUUUUUUUUCAGGCUGUGAUUUACUGUUUGCAGAUGAGACAGAUGAUAAUUCACUGCCGUUUUUUCCAUCCGGUUCCGUUCGUCAGAAAACGAUCAACGUGCCUGCCAACCAGAACUGCAGCUUUUAUUUCAAAGAUGAGGUUCAUGUUAACUACCUAAGGUGUGACGGAACAUGGAAGUUGGAAAAUGUGGCGGACACCAUAGAUUUAACUAGUGGCUGGUCCAUCAGUCAACUCUCCAUAAAGGUAUAAAAACAAUUCUAAAACUGGGUGCUGUAACCUACUCAUCUACUGAGCCAAAUUUUAAGUACUCGUAUAAUUUUUUCGUUCCUUUUCUCCUCAAAGAAAUUAAAUUUCUUCCGUACUCUCUCUUAUUAAGGUGUAUGCUGUAAGAAAAUUCACAUUCCUAUUCUCUUUGGCAAAGCAAUUUAUUGAUACGAUGACUGAAAACUGUGGGAAAAUUUGUCCAAAAUACGCGACGUGGCCACCGCACUUUACUGUGUCAUCAGCUUAGCUGCUGUUUCCCUAAUUUUCAGCUCAAGUCUGGCCUUACAAUGCCACAGAGUUUUGCUGGCCGUCUGGUAAGAGUAGCAGUGCAAUGUGGUGCUCGGAAUUCGGAUUCGCCGUUUAAGACCACGUGUGUUCUCUUCAAGGUUCAAGGAAUUAAUUCAUGUAAGUAUCUUGAAGAAUCCUUUGAAUAAAGUCCGAGGUCAAGUGCUCUUCUUGAGAGAACAGGCGUUAUUCCGGCAGAUAUAAUUUACUACCUCACCACGGGCGCACCCUUAAAAAAGAGAUUAUACAUGUGUCACGAUAAAUCAUGAAUCGCACAAAUUAAUCUUUUUUUAACAUGUGCGUUGUCACAGAUGCAAAAAGUUGUCCCCAAAAAUUUAUGUUCUCUGCGUCAGAGAUAACUUUUGAAGCUCUGAAAUGUUUUGACUUCUACAUUUCUAUUCAAAAAGUUGAGCAUGUAAAAAAAAUUGAUUUUAAAUCUUUCAGGUUCAUAUCCCCAGUCCACCCCAUCACCAAGUCAAGCCAUUGCAACUCUGCCGACACCAAUAUCAAGACCGAAGAAACCAACAACUCAACCAACAACUCAACCAACAACUCAACCAACAACUCAACCAACAACUCAACCAACAACUCAACCAACAACUCAACCAACAACUCAACCAACGACUCUACCAACAUUAAACCCCACUCAGGUAAUUUUCUAGUAAUGAGAUAAGAAAGAGUAUUAUGGAGACUCGGCGACCCAGUGGAAAGUAAGUUUGAAUCCGGAUAAACUCGGGGAGGAGGGGGGGGUGUGGUGAGGAAGGGGGGGAGGUGAGAGUUUCGGGUUAGAGCAUGGCAUGGUCUUUUAAUUGUGUUUAUGAGCAAAAUCCCGAGCAGCUCCUUACUGAGAGGUAUAAAUGGACGAUGAUGAAAUGUCAGGGAAAAUUGACGAAAUUAUUCUGGGCAGUUUACUUGUUACUGAUUAGCUAUCACUCUCUAAACAAGGAGGCUACAAUACACCUGGCGCGCUAUUAGGCUUGCAAGAUUCUGAAGCAGUUCUAAACACCCAUUCUGUAUCUAUACAAGAAAUUUGACCAUGUGCAAUUUUAAUAGAACAUCGUGUCUUAAAUGAAAAUAGGAGAAAAUGUCGUUAAAACUGCGCAAAGAUGGCUGCAUGUAUGUAUCCUUCUCUUUUUUAAAUGAGGGAGCUUUCAGCACGAGAGCCGCAUAAUUCAGGUGGCAAACUUUCCCUUACAUUUCUGUCACUUGCUGCUGAUCACCGCGAGAAAGAUUCUAGAGAAAUCUUUUGCGAAAUUCAAUCAUCUUCACCAGCCCGAGUAUAAAUGACGGCAAGCAGUAUGGCAAGAGAGAUGCGUUGUUUUGAUAGCUCGCGCGGCCCUCAGCCUUCUCGCACGCAAUUGAGUUUUCUAUCUGAUAAAAGCAGAGCGAUGUAAGGUUAAAUAUUACGUUCGGUUUUUCUCACUGGCUCCGAUUAUUCAUCUGCCUCGUGAGGGAAAUACUACAGUGUAGGCUUUUUAGCGUCAAGUCACAGGAGCAAAAGUACCAGACCACAGAACGGUAAAUAGAGUUUCUUGUUUCUCUGAAUAUUCAUUUGCCUUUUUAUUGAAUAUGUCAUCUUCUAAUUGCGCAAAUAAGAUUAAAGCACGCAAUCAACUGCUACAGUGUUCACGGUAAUUGUCGAGAAAAUUUGAGUUAUGCAUGCAUGCAUAUAUGCUGCUUCUUAGGAUAGCAUUGCAUUUAUUAUGUAUAAUACAUUUAUUGCUGUGUAAUUGAAAUAAUAUUAAACUACAAUUUGAAAAUUGAGAAUUAACAAUAGACAGAGUAAAAUGCAUGAAUCACGGCAAAAAAAAACAAAAAGUCGGAGUGAGACGUGAUAAAAAUCCAUGUUCCCUAAGAGCUUAAUUGCCAAUAGAUUGGAUGAAGAAACGAGAGCGAAAAUGGAAGUCUGAUUUUUUCAGCUCAUAUUCUUCCAGAUAUACUUUCAAUUGGCUCAAUUUCAUUUCCAGCGGCAAAACUGAGAAAUGCCCUCUUUUCGAGAAACUGGACGAAUCUAAGUUUCAAUUUACCUUUAAUUCGCAGCCUAAUAUCAGAGUUUUGUAGAUAACCUGCUUUUAAUCUGAUCUGAUUUUCUCAACAGCCAACCAGUGAACUCCAUAAUCAUGAAAACACGCCAAUAAACUGUGUCCUGGGCUCAACAGUUGUAUUCAAAAACAGCUCCUGUGAUUUCCUCAGUCCGCGCAUGUUCAAUUGCUGUCGCCAGUGCAAUUCCGAUCAUUUAACGUGCGUCGCAACGGACGGAAACGAAAACAAUGGAGGCAAGCCUUACUGUUACAGGGGAUCGUACAAGUGCAUGCGCAAUUGUUUGGAAGCGAACAAUCCUCUUGAGAACUUUCACAGUUAACCGAUCUUUCAUUCCCAGUCCCUAGUGACUGUAGGUGACUGUAGAAGAUCUGAGAACUAAACAAAGUCGUUUCGAUAUUAAGUGUAAUAAACUGUUACCUGUGUCAAAGACACACCUCUCGUGGUGAAAUGUAACAGAGUGAUGUUGCGAGGUCUUGUUCCUACUAAGGACAAUAUUAAUUAUUCCCUAAGUUAUGCUUGUAAUGAUCGUAACAGAUAAAUAAACAUGUUUUUGAAGAAACAAACUGUGUUAUGUCUAAAAUUGGCUUGGCCUGUUCAAAGAAAUUCUUCCUGAUACUGUAAAUACCUUUGCUUAGGAGUCUCAGGUGAGACUUGAUAAAUUGUUGGGGAGAUUAUAGCAAUGGACCAGGUUCUUCGACGAAUAUCGCUGACCGCUUUAUCUUAAAUUGCUACGGCAAAGCAUGCAAGACUUACAGCUCAAUAUUAUGAUAUAAAGCAGAUCCUUAGCUUAAUGAGGAAAAUACUCAUAAUACUUGUUCCCAGAGUCUUUCUUCCCCCCUCCCCUUCCCUGACGGGGCCAGAGAGAGACAGAGAUAGUGAUGGAAAGACGAGACGAUAGAUUUUGGGAAAGAGGCUGCGCAUAAUAUUUCUUUAGUGUAGACGGUAGCUCAAGUAAACAAAAUAUAUUUUUGAAAUAAAACAACUGUACUUGAUAUUCUUUUGCAGAUUGAAAGCAGCCCAAUUUUCUGUGAUGAAUCAGGGAAAAUUGAAAUCCAACAGCAGACGUACUGGGCAAAAUGUUUCUUUUUCUGUUGUCGCGACUGCAAUAAGGAAUUCUACGAAUGUUAUAACACAUCUCACAGGAGCUACUGCCUUGGGUUGGCUUUCAGUUGUGCUGAAAAAUGUGCUAGGGACAGUUCACUUAGCAUAACAGUGAAAGGAAUGCAAUUUCUUCGCUGAAGGAGUCAAGUUCUGUUAAAUUUUAUGGUUCCUGAUUUAAUGCCAAAGCGUUUUUAAGAAACAAAACGUCCCCCGAUAAAAAAAAAUAAUUUUUGAUUUCUGAGUGUCUCACCUGUUAAUUGUUUAUAUAUUUUUCAUCUUUUAUUACUAAUUUCCUUUUUGUUUAUCCUUUUUUUUUAAUUAUUUCGCCUAUUGAUGCCGCUUAACCGAAAAUAAGAAAAGAGCAAAAUCGGUCUUUUCUAAAACAAAGAUUUCUACCAGACAAAAACUUGUCAUUGGAACACUUUUAAAAAGAAAUUUGCCUGAGGGAGGUGGGAAUUAAACAUCUCUCUAAUUUCACUUGUUUAGAUUUUCAUAACUCCUCACUUGACAUCAAGAAUUAAUAUCACCACAUGCCUGUACAGAUGGCAUACCGUAAGGUGAAGAACAGAGCUUCGUGCAACCUUCCUUUCACCGAUAACAUGGUUUUGUCCGGGUAUUUAGGAUAUGGCUAUAAUUGAUAUUCGAAAAACAGUCUGAUAUCUUGGCAGUAUGUUGUCGUUACCAUCCUUAGAAAUUCGGAGCAAACAGGGCUGUCUGCCAUUCCACACUAUCCUAAUGGAUAUUCACACAAUUUGGGCCAGUUUUCAGUUUCUGUUUUAAAAAACCAGCUCUCGAAAAAAUAUUGGUAUUUGUGAAACGACCGAGUGGAGUCCAAUUUAGAAUUAUUAAACAGGUGAUUUUUUUAGUCAAAAUUGUGAUAACAAACAGAAUUUGACGACUUAGAGUCCCGUUCCAGUUAAUCAAAACUGGGCAUGAGAAACGACGCACCUGUCGGUAGAAAGUCGGAAUUCAUAGCUAAAAACAUACACCGUAUUCAGUGAUGGCGGCUGCUUGGAAUGGCACCUGCUUCUGCCGAAAUUAAUCACUCACCACAAGUUUUAGGUUUUCUUGCAGAGAGAAAGUUUAAUUUUUUCAUGAAGUAUCAAUGCGUGCAAAAAUUUGAAAUCGUUUAAUUUCGCCACCUUGGCUCAUCUUCGAGCGCUAAUCAAUAAAAUGUCUUAACCC